GCCUUUUUGGCUUUCGAAGAGAAAUGGACGGCCUCUUCAAUACUUCCAAAUCCAACAAGCAUUUGUGGGAGCAGAUUUCGGCUAAGAUGAGGGAGAAAGGGUUCGAUUCGAUAGAUCCCCCACCAUGUGUACCGAAAAGUGGAGGAUCUUGUUGAAAGAGUUCAAGAAAGCUAAGCAUCAAGAUAGAGGGAGUGGGUCGGCCAAGAUGUCUUAUUACAAGGAAAUUGAAGAGAUUUUAAGGGAGAGGACCAAGAAUGCCUACAAGAGCCCAACCCCUACUCCUAAAGCUGAUUCAUUUAUGCAUUUCGCUGAUAAGGGCUUUGAUGAUACUGGCAUAUCAUUUGGUCCUGUUGAAGCAAAUGGUAGGCCAACACUCAAUCUUGAAAGACGUUUAGAUCAUGAUGGACAUCCUCUUGCUAUCACAACAGCUGAUGCAGUUGCAAACAGUGGGAGACUGUCGGUCAUACGGAACCAUGGAUGCAGAGGGGCGAUUAAAUCUGCAUUUAGAUUGAGAACGAAACAUUCAUUUUGGUUGGAGGAUGAAGACAAUAUGGUUCGCAGUCUCGACAGGGAAAUUCCUCUAGGGAAUUAUACACUCCACCUUGAUGAAGGUUUGGCUAUAAAAGUGUGCCUCUAUGACGAGUCAGAUCAUAUACCAGUCCACACUGAGGAGAUGAUUUUCUACACAGAAGAUGACUACAGUGAAUAUCUAGCCCGUACGGGCAACACAGGUGUCACGGAGAUCGAUGGAUACAGAAGCGUAAAUAAAAUGGAUGACCUUCGACCUAAUCCUAUAUAUUGGGGGCCUUAUGGAUACAUACUUUGGAUCAUCAAUGCAUCCAUGGGUGAAGCGAAUGCCUUAAAACCAGGAAAGAUAAGGCCAUCUGUUAUUCUGUUUCGAGUAAACUCUGUCUUUACGGAAUACAAGACCUUGACAAUGCAGUAG